AUGAAAAUUUCUAUAUAUGUUACAGUAGAUCACAUUUCAAAAUAUAAUAAUUUAUAUUUAAAUUUUGGAUAUUUAUUAACUCUAUUUUUAACAAAAUAUUUAAUUACCUCAAUUGUAUUUCCUUCUUUAUUUUAUAUUAUUCUUGGAUAUGUCCUAGGAAUUAUAAUAGUAUUACCAAUUUUAAAUUUAUUUGGACAUUUAAAAAUUAAUAAUGUUGAUUAUCGUGAUAUCAAAGAAAUUUUUAUGUACUCAGCAUGUUAUGGAUUAGCUUUAUUAACUUCUGUUAUCGGCCUCCUUAAACUUUCACUACCAAUAUUUGUUGUAAUCAAAGGAACGUCAAUAAUUUUUACAUGCUUAAUAAACUAUCAUUCAUAUCAUUUAAUACAAAAUACAAGAUCUCAAUUUUUAAUUUUACUUGUAAUUUUAAUGAUAUGUCUGUCAUAUGUAACAGAUACCAAAGAUACUAUAAUGGGAUACUUUUUAACAAUAUGUCAUGCUUACUUAACAUCUUUAGGAAAACAUAUAUAUAUAAAAACAAUAAAUCAUACAAUUUUUAAUAUACCAACACUUCUAUUUUAUUCUUCAACAAUAAUUAUCAUUCCAAUCAUUCUUUUUGCCCACAUAAAUGGAGAUAGUGCAGUUAUUAUUUUCUUUUUCCGCCAUAAUUUUAUAUCAGCUUCAACAUUAUAUCUUUAUGUCUUCUUAUCACUUACUGGAAUUCUAUUAAAUUUUAUGAACUUAAUUCCCAAAGAACGUCAGUCAUUCGACAAUAGUAAUUAUCUUAAAAAUAUAAUCGGAUUAAUUUCUAUUUUUGGGGGAAUGCUAUUUAUAAAAGAUUAUGAGUAUAAUUUUUUUAAUUUUAUAUUUAUAUGUCUGGGGUUUGUAUUUUUAUCUUUGUUAAAUUUAGAAGUAUCCAAGUAUUACAAAGGAGAACAUACUCAAUUGUUACCACAAAUGUAUGGUGAAAAAUUUUAUGAUGAAAAAUAA